AUUUUUCAAAGAAAUUGAGCACCGUUGUUUCAAAACCAAAAUUAUUAAAUAAAUCCUCCCCUUUCUGGACCAGUGCGUCCGCCGUAGCCCACUGGGAGAAUGCAGAAACGAGAGCAAAGCAAGCUGGGCGGCUCCGCCCCCCCGCCAGCCAAGCGAGGCCGCCCUGUCGGCAGCGGAACCAACGCUGCUGCAGUCGCCGCAGCCACUGCCGCUGCUGUGGCCGCGGCCGGAGGUGAUUCUGCCUCCCCUUCCACCCUCCUCGGCCCCUCUCUUCAUGUCCACUCCGCCUUUGCUGAGCAGAAUAGCAAAAGGAUAGUCUUAGCUCUUCAAAGUGGACUUAAGAGCGAGUUGACUUGGGCGAUGAAUGCUCUCACUUUGCUUUCAUUUAAAGAGAAGGACGAAAUCCGGAAAGAUACAACUCCCCUAGCCAAGAUUCCUGGACUGCUCGAUGCUCUACUUCAAGUUAUAGAUGAUUGGCGUGAUAUAGCUCUGCCAAGGGUUCUCACGAAGGCACCUAGAGUGAGGUUGCUGGGUGCUAAUUGUGCUGUUACUGGAUUUGGGAACCAAUACGAGACCUUGAAUUUGAGCGACUCUGUUCCACAUCCUAUUGCUGGAUCUGGUUCUUCAAGUAAAGAUGUUUCUGCUCAGAAGAAUACCACAAAGCCCCGCGUGUCAGGUUGGUGGUUUGAGGAAGAUGGCCUAUUUAAUCUCGAUGAUGAAGGACGUGUCGAAAAGCAGCAGUGUGCAGUAGCUGCUUCUAAUAUUCUAAGAAACUUCUCUUUUAUGGCUGAGAAUGAAAUCCCGAUGGGCCAGAAUCGUCAUUGUCUAGAGACAAUGUUUCAGUGUCUGGAAGAUUAUGUUACAGAGGAUGAGGAGCUUGUCACAAAUGCCAUGGAGACAAUUAUGAACGUGGGCCCUUUGCUAGACCUUCGUAUAUUUAGCUCAUCAAAGCCCUCUCACAUCAAAAUGACUGCAAAACGUGCGGUUCAGGCUAUUAUGGGAAUGUUGGGGUCUGCAGUCAGGCACUGGCACUGUGCGGCUGCUGAAUUACUUGGUCGCAUGAUACUCAACCCUGAUAACGAGCCUUUUCUUCUGCCAUUUGCUCCGCAGAUCUACAAACGGUUGAUUGAUAUUAUGAGCUUCCCGGCUGGUGAUGCUCAGGCUGCAGCUGUUGGGGCAUUGUAUAACCUUGCAGAAGUCAAUAUGGACUGCCGGACGAAACUUGCCAGUGAGAGAUGGGCAAUUGAUCGGUUACUGAAGGUGCUCAGGACACCACAUCCAGUGCCAGAAGUUUGCCGGAAGGCAGCAUUAAUCUUGGAGAAUCUUGUGAUGGAGCCGCAGAACAAGCCAUUGCUGCUGGCCUAUGAGAAUGCAUUUGCAGACAUGGUUUUCUCGGAGUCGAGGCAUGCAGAUACAUUCGCUCGGAUAUUGCACGAACUGACUUCUAGGCCGAGCAACAAAGUUGCAUCUGCUCGUGGUAUUUGGGGCAUGUAAGCUUAUAGACCUCAUGUCAAUGGUGUUUGUCUAUGGACCCAUGUACUGCACAAUGUCUUAAUUUUACUGUAACAUGGAUUUCGUUUGUAUUUGAUUGUUCUAAUCUGAUUGCCGGUUGUUGAUCCUCUCACUAUAUUUUUGAUUUGUUGAGGUGCUGAAUUGAACAUCAGAAAUAAGCAUAUGCUAUCAUGCCCUGACAGAAGUUUUGCAUGUUUUUACCUCAACAACAUGGGUUUGUAAAGUCAAAAUUACUUAACUAUUUCACAUUACAUAUAGUUUCAAUGUUGCGUAUACACGAUUAAUUGUCGUAUAAUUGUGUCGAUACAAGUUUGCUAUAGAAUACAGCCAGAGUCGAUCUUUUCCUCACUCGCUGAAACCCGCCACCAAUGAAGUAGACGACCUUGAGCACCGCUCGAUAAGUAGCAAAACCCUCGUCGCCUUCCUCUGCAGAUGCCCGCCCUCCAAAAAGCUUCGGCCCGCAAGCUGCACGAGUGGGCCCAUGGCCGCCGGCCCAUACACCUCUACCAUAUCCCUCGACAAGAACACCUUCUCAAGCAACCCUAGUGCCUCCCCCUUGAGCCACUCCGAACCCCACCUCAACACCUCGAUUAUGGGCCCAAUUGCCCCAUUCUCGUGCAGCACCCUCGCCCCUCCCCCGGGCACAUCCUCCCGCACUAGGGUCGACAAUGUCUGGAUCGCCUCCCGAGUUGCCUCGUGGGCCCCACAACCCAUGAGCCGCACGAGGCCCGGCACCACACCCCCUUCCAAUAAGCAAAAAGUGGUGGUCGCCCCACACGGGCCCCCGUGUGCCGGGCACGUCGCCACCCUGCGGGCCCACAGUGCCCUGCACCCAGGCCUCCUCCUCCUCUGGCCCUCGAGGCUCAGCUCGUGGCUGCGCAUGGAGAGGUCGCCCAAUAAGGCGGCGGCCCGCGCACGGGCCGUGUCCGAGCCCGAAUCGAGAAGAUCUGCGAGAAUGCCGUACGCGUCGAGGUCUGCCGCGGCUCUCUGUGAGUCGGGGCUCGUGGGGUCCGUGAACCGAAAGAGUGCGCCGAGUGCGUGCUCCCUCGCCUCGUCCGUCCCUGAUUUCACGAUGCUGACGAUUGCCUUUAAUCCGCCGAGCUCGAUUAGUUUCCCGGUUAGGGAAGUUUCCGAUUUGGGAAGGUUGGCCAAGAGGCCCGCGGCGGGCGCGUGAACGUCUGGAUUCUCGAGGAGCCCGACUAGAGCCUCGAGACGUCUGGGUUUUAGUAGGUACUCGACGAUGCCGUCCGGUUCGUGGUGGGAGAAUAGAAAGAGGAGAUUGAUUGCUAGCUCGCGAAUUUCUUGGUUCGAGUCGUCGAGCAACGGGAGAAUUACGGAAACGCCACCGGCGAAGAGGACCGCGAACUUGACGAGCGUAGAGUCGGACCGGAAGAUCGCGAGGAGGGAGCGCAGGGCGGGUUUACGGACGGUGUCCGGAGAGUGGAGGUUUUCUUGGAAAGAUAACAAGGACAUGAUGACGGGAUGCAAAUCGAGUUGGUUACUCGAUUUGUCGACGAGAAAUUUUGUACCAUCGCCGUUUGAGGAAAGAUUGGAGAGAAUCUCGGCGCAUUUGGAAAUUAUGAGGACGGGUUUGGUGGGAGAUGAGAGUAGGUUUAGAAUGAGAGGGACACCGCCUGAAGAUGCAAUGAGGGGUUUGUUGUGAGGGGAAGUCGAGAGCUUUACGAGUGCUUGUAACGAGACUUCUUUCGAUUCGAUGUUUUCGGAAACCAUCUCGAGGAGGGGGGGAAUUAUUCCUUCCUCGCCAAGUAAUUUGAUUUUCUCGUUGUCGAGCUCCAUGUUAAAAAGGUCUCUCACCAGUGGUAUCUUUACUGGUGUUGAUCCUGAAAGCAGCUUAUCGAUGAGUGGUCUGAACCAGUCCACUUUAGCUGCUCGAAUAACGACAUCCUCAUCUACUUCACAAAGCUUCAAUAAGAUUUCUUCUGCUAAUUUGGCAGUUUCAUCAGGUGAUGUCUUACGAAGGGAAACGAGAUGCAAGAUUAACUCGUUCUCCUGAGAAAGCAUCCGACAAUAAGUCGUGUUCCAACCGGAUUUAUCGAGCAGAACCUCGUGUAGCAACUCAAGCGCAGCCUUUGAUAUGCUUGAAUCCAUCCCUAAGCAAGGAACAACUUUCUCAAUCCCCUUAUUCUCCAUGAAAACUAACCUUGUUUCUGGCAUGACCAUCUACAAUAUCCUUCAAAGUCAUCAACAAAAGCCUCCUCACACCCUCAUUGACCUCACUCCCGACCAUACUAACAACAACAUCGGUCAAACCACCGAUCGAAACCCAAUCCCUAUUGACCGAAUUCUCCCGAACAAGCUCCCUCACCACCGAAAGACCCUCCACAACACACGACUCGAACCCGGACAACAAUUUCCCUCUACAAGACCGAAUCUUUACACAAUAAUUAAGCUCCCUCCACUCCUGGAUCGACUGUCUCAGCUGCACAUUCGGCCUGUACGUAAAAUCCUCGAUAAUCUCACCUGUCUCCGGAUCUUUAUUCUCCCCACGUUCGAACCACGCCUCUAAAGCCUCCCUCUCGCAAGCUGUCCCCGUGCAGAGGCUAACGGGGUCAACCAUCACGUUCCCCGUUAUACAACAAAAGAAGGGCUUAAAGGGCUCGAUAAACUCCUCUUUCGAGUCAUACCGCUCGAUCAUUUUCACCCUCUGCAAGUACUGAUCCUUCACGUGCUCGUAAUCCCUACCAGUAGGGUUGUGAACGAAUCGAAAUCAAAGCGAAUUUUCGAUUCAGAUUCGUUAAAAUAUUCAAAGAUUCGAAUUC